ACUGUUACAGCAUCAGAAGCCGUCAACACCGGUUCAGAAGGCGGAUGAUUCGACCUUGCGUGGACGCAAGAUUCUGAUACCGAGGGCUAAAUUUUCUGUCCUUGCCGAUUUUUUCACACCUCUCAAACGCUUUAUCCGAGGCAACGAGGUGGUGACUCCGGGAGGAAACCACGCAUUGGACAAUGUAGUCCUCCAAAUCGAAUCUGGCGAACCCGAAAGUUCCCCUGCACCAAGCAUGAGUUCAGCCUCUGGAACACCAAGUCUACCAAUAACCACACAUACCCCAUCUUCGGAUAACGCACCCGACUCGGAUGGCCACAUUCCGACUUCCCCAAGUUUGCCUCCCACACCUUCCACGAACGGAGUGGACCCGCUUCAAAGACCCGAAAAGACUCUUGAUUCAUCGCCCUUGCAACGCUCGAGUCUCUCAAAUCAACCGGAGCAGGUCAUUGCAAACGGACAUUUAGAGCCGCAGACUGAAUCAAUGUUGGAAGAGACCAUGCUGAGCGUCACCAGCACUGAUACUUCGAUCCUUUCCGACCAAACCACUCCCACACCAGCCCUCCAUACCGAACAUCAUACCCAGAAUUAUGCCCCGAGGGCUCCAUCUACCCCCCCUCAAGCUCGAGCCUCGUUAUUUGGGAACGCCGCAUCACUUGUGGCGCGUACAUUGGGAUCAUUCACCCCAACCUUCAAGCGCACGCCUCAACAACUUCCAGCAUCUCAGCCUGCGAAGGUACUGACAUCUAUUGACACCACGAUGGAAGAUGUCGAGCAGUCCCCAGCUUCCAGCAUCUCCCGCCAUGUGAAUGGUCAACCGUCCCACGGUUUCCCUAGGAGGCAGCCGUCUACCCCCUACCCCAAGCGAAAGCUAACCAGGAUCGCGAACGAACCCGAAAUUGAUCCGUGGGAGUCUACGAAAAAUGAUCUACAUCACCGGACUUCGGUGCGAACAACACGAAAACAGAUGGCCGACCACUUGUUCCAGCAAUUCAUGAAACUGAAGCCCUCCAAAAAGGACAAAGAGCUCCUUCAAGAAAUCCUUAAAGAACUGCAUCAGAGGGCAAUCGGCGAUACGAUUGACGAGAUGAACAAUGCCGGUCUAUCCUUCAGAAUGCGCGAUAGAGACAUCGGUACCGAGGCGGAAUACCUGAACACCGAGCGACGCUUGGUUCGACACUUGAAGCCGAUCGAGGAAGAGGAAAUCCCUCGGAUUGUCAAACAGUACAUCGAUGCCAUCAUCUCCGAGAAGCAAGACGAGUUCUACUGGGAUGAGCGUACUGGUACCGUAGUGCAAAAGGAGCUUGUGCUUGCCACCCCCAUUGCGACGAAGCCGAAUUCCAUCCUUCGACGCACUGCUACUCCAGGCAAACGGCUUGUUAAGAUAUCGGAGCUUUCGGCAAUUCCGAACCCCAAGGAUGGCUUUGGAAUGGAUGAGCGAUACUUUGACACCGAUGAUAGCCUGGUCGAACAGUCGGAUUACUCCGACCCCAUGCCGAAGACCUCGAAGCGAAAGCGUGUGAAUGUCAACACACUCAAACAGAUCCCCAACCCCAAAGGCGGAUUCGGUAUGAAUGACAAGUACUUUGGUGACAACAGCAUGGUCACGGUGUCUGAUAACUCAACCAUGACACCUCCCGUCAAGAAGGCACGACUCGGACAGAGCACUGCAAAAUCCGUCCGCUUCUUUUCACCUAAGAGCGGGAAAAUUCGCCGAACCACGCAAACCCCUUCCACCGUGGCUGAUAUGAGUGCGUACACCGCGUCGACCCCUACGCCAGGCUAUUCAUGGCCCACUCCUGGAACGCCCGGCUACCGACACACAUGGGACAGACCUCAAGAGGAGCCUUCCAGCAGCGAAAACGUCUUUACAGGUAGCCCCACCGGCCGCGAGCUCGCUCCCUACAACCCAGGCGACGGGGUGAAUGAGGAUGCUUCGGAUCUCGCAGAGUGGUCGCCUACGGAAAAGAAGAAGUUUUUGAAGACAGGCCAUGUCUCAGGCUCCGGGUCAUUCUGCGUUCCUGAGGGGGACGCCGAAGACUCUUCGAUGCUGGAUGCUACGAUUUCCGAGUACGAUGAACACGCUACCCCUGGUACUCCUGAGCAACCCAUGUAUGCAAACCAAACGCAGCUUCCGUCGACACUGAGCGCGCCGAAACCGCAGGCAAAUGGUGUUUCUACCAAGGUCUCCGUGACGCCCACCACUGAUGCCAAAGCUACCACUACCCCGAAAUCUGCUGCUCAAAUUGAUUCUUCCGCUAUUAUCCUCAGAGAGGAAGAAAUCGACACCGAAGAUACUGAGAGCGUUGAUGCUCUCGAUGGCAUUUCCACCGAUGGCUCGGACUUCGAUAUCGAAGACUACUAUGAUGGGGCCGGUCCCCUCUCACCCACUGACUCCGAUGACGCCAUCACGCCGGAAGAAUGGUGGGAUAUCGUCACCGGUGGGCUGGACCACCUCAAGAAGCCCAACGCCGCGGAAGAAGAAGCCAUCGAGAAGGCUCGUCGGAACGCCGAAAAGUUCAAGCCUGCGAAAGGCAGCGCCCUACGCAACGUCAGCAAGGGGGACGAGGACGAUGACAGCGAUAUCGGCAUCGAUGAGGAUGAUGCAUAUGACCGGGCCGUGAUCAAGCGGUUGAUGGGAUUGUUUGACACCGACGGGGAGGAGAUUGAGGACAAGCAGCUCACUCCGAAGAAGUACGUCAAGGUCAUGGACGCCGUCAAGAAGCACUUGCCCGAACUCGAACUCGAGUCAGACUGAGUCAACGCCUGCCUCCGAAGUGUUGAAUGGUCAUUCGAAACGAUUAUGAUGGAACGAAUGGGAGUG